GCGCGCCGUACAAAAUCGCGGGCAGCUGCGCAUAACAACUCGAGGAGAGAUCCCAUUACAAGGGAGGGUGGGCAGCACAGAACUAAAUGACGAGUCGUUUGCAUUUCCGACACCAAUUUCUUCUUCCAACCAACCCCACUUCCUCUCGCUUCCCUUAUCUGCGUUUCAUAAUCUCUUCUCUGCUGCCCUUUGCCACAUCAUCUUCCUCCCCAUCAUCAUCGUCGUCGUCAUCCCUCGCCUUCAUCCGUCCGAGAAUGUCAGCCCACCAUCACUCCCAGGCCCAAUCACAUGCGGGUCCACAAAUCAGCACCAUACAUCUGUCAGGAGGAGAAUCUUUCGAGAUCGUAGCAGCAGAAGGCCUUUCCGAUUCUGAUUUCAGGAAUGCAAUUGAUUCCUCUCUAUUCAAGCAGUGGCUAAAGAAUAUGCAGAGUGAAACAGGUAUUUUGGCAAAUGGAAGUAUGUCUUUGCGGCAAGUACUGAUUCAGGGAGUGGACAUGUUUGGAAGAGGCGUUGGUUUCCUCAAGUUCAAAGCAGAUGUGAUUGACAAGGAAACAGGGAAGAAGGUUCCAGGUAUUGUGUUUUCACGAGGGCCAGCUGUCGCCAUACUGAUCCUUUUGGAAUCAGGGGAUGAGACUUUUGCUGUUCUUACGGAGCAGGUUAGGGUUCCUGUUGGGAAGUAUAUUUUGGAAUUGCCUGCUGGAAUGUUGGAUGAUGACAAAGGGGACAUAAUUGGCACAGCGGUCCGUGAGGUUGAAGAGGAGACGGGCAUAUGCUUAAAUUUGGCAGAUAUGGUUAAUCUCACAGCCUUUCUCGAUCCAUCAACUGGAUGCAAGGUUUUCCCUUCACCGGGUGGGUGUGAUGAAGAGUUGAGUAUAUUUCUAUAUAGAGGACAUGCAGAUCCAGAAGUCAUAACUGCACUGCACGGGAAAGAAACGGGCCUUCGGGAACAUGGGGAGCUGAUCAAGGUACGUGUAGUUCCCUAUGAAAAGCUAUGGUUAAUGACGGCAGAUGCAAAAGCUCUUUGUGCCAUUGCGUUAUAUGAGAUGGCCAAGAAAGAGGGACUUUUGCCUCCAAGGAAUCCAACCAACCCUUCUUAAGAAGCUUGUUACAUGUCCUUGCAUAGAAUCUGUCAGCACAGGUCAGAUUGUCUGUACAGGAUAACAUGUGCACUUAUGCAUGCAAUUUUAUCUUUUUUUCUUAGUGUAGGAUCCAGUGUUCGUCAAGUAUCAUCUACUAUAUAGUAUCAACCCUACAAAAUAUUGAUUAGUGUUCUCCAGCAAGGGAUCUGGAUCGUCGAACUCCAAUUGCUAGAAUCACAACUUGGAUGAGCCAUAACCCAACAUUUUAGGGGGUUGGAAGUUCAUGAUUGAUUCGUCACCCAUUUUUAGAUGGUCAAGAAUACGUUAGAGCAAUGCCUGAGAAAAAGCCUAAGGAUUGAAAUAGUUAGAAACUUCCAAUAGCUGCAAUUUUUUGUCAGCUCAUCCAUUGGGUGGCCUGUCUACUGGUUAGUCCAGAUUGAUUGACAAAUUUCAGAAUCCUUAUUGGCAACGUGACUGAUAUCAUUUACCUAUCGAUGUACUAAAACACAUUGAAUAUGGCCCCACAGCUGUGGAUUUAUUUAUUUUUGUGAACUGACAACUUGAUCAUACAGAAUAUAACGACCUUAAGAAAC